GUCAGGGGGCGCUGCAGCUUCCACGCAGCGCUUCUACAGCCGCUUUUCAAAGCGGAACAGGCUCUUCUUCACUCAAAGCAACAUGGUGUCACCCUGCUGCAAACGUGAAUGUAAACAAGCGUCUCACCUCUACAGGGACAACAACAGUCCACGUCGUUGAAGCCCGGCAGCCCCUGUUUUUUUAGGGGAAAAUGGCGUUCAGGGUCUGCGGACGCUUUUUCAGGGACGGUGGCGUUUUCUCCACACGGCUCGUGGCCUCUGCUCGUCAGGAGAGUGCGUCAUGGUUUCUCAAAACGGGAAGUGCUGCGUGCGGCCGAGGCGGGAGGAACGGAUUCAUCUUCACUCCUGCUUGUUUUAUUACAUCCGAGGCGUUUCUCAGCAGACUGAUGAAAGGGAGAGCAGCGGAGGCAGCCGGCAGCGAUCAUCGCCUUCCAGCGUCCGUCCCUCCAGACAGCGGCGAGCAGUUGUCUCUGUUAAUGAGACAUCCCGAUCAGCCUGCUGACUCAAAGGUUCUAAAAGUCGCCAUAAUCGGUGCCCCAAACGCUGGGAAGUCCACGCUGUCCAAUCAGGUUCUUGGCAGGAAGGUCCUUGUGUUUGCUGUGUCCAAGAAAGUCCACACCACGCGGUCGCGCGCUCUGGGGGUCCUGACGGAGAACAACACACAGAUCAUUUUGCUGGACACCCCUGGUCUUACCACCCCAGGAAAGGUCAAAAGACACCAGCUGGAGAAGUCUCUGCUCGUGGAUCCCUGGACCACGGUCAAAGAGGCUGACCUGGUGGUGGUCAUGGUGGAUGCAACGGACCGAUGGAUGUGCAGCAGGCUGGACUUCGAGGUGCUGAAAUGUUUGGCCCAGCACCCAAAGACCCCAUCAGUCCUCGUCCUCAACAAGGUGGACCUGGUCAAGUCCAAGGACCGGCUGCUGGACGUCACCGCCCACCUGACGUGCGGAGUGGUGAACGGACGGCGGAUCCAGGUCAGGACGGUCAUCAAGCCGCCGUGGGCCGAGAAGAAGGCAGAGAGGGAUUUGGAGCCCCCCCCUGAGGAGGAGGAGGAGGCGGCGGCGGCGGCGUCUGAAGAGGGGCCCGGACCGCACGGCGGGAGCAGGGAGCAGCUGAGGGCGCUGAGGAGCCAGCAGGGCUGGCCCCACUUCAAAGACGUCUUCAUGCUGUCGUCGGUGGACCGGGAGGACGUGGACACCCUGAAGGUGAGCGCUGUCGCCGUCCCUCCGGAGCAGAACUUCAUCUGGGCGACAGGCACCAGGCCUCAUGUAGAUCCCAUUAAGACCAAAAGGUGUCUGGCAACUCGUCAGUUCCAGCUCCACAGCAAAUACCUGCACACUCGUCUUCCUCUGGGCUCACAGCAACUGGGACUGGCAAGCUACUUCAUGGCCGCGGCUCGGCCGGGAUCAUGGCAGUACCACAGCGAGGUCCUGACAGAUCAGAGCCCAGAGGAGGUCUGCUCCAACAUCAUCAGAGAAAAGCUUCUGGAGUAUCUGCCCCAGGAGGUGCCCUACUCCCUGACACAGUCUGUUGAGCUCUGGCAUGAAGGAGAGGACGGAGCACUCGACAUAUCUGUGAAACUUUACACCAAGAAAGAGACUCACAUGAGGAUGGUCAUCGGCACGGGCGGCCAGAUGGUCGCGCGGAUCGCUCGAGAGGCGGGCGAGGACCUCAGCCGAGUGUACCUGAGGGAGGUCAGGCUGAAGCUCUCUGUCAAGCAGCGAAAGUGAUGUCGAACACGGGGAUUUUUCACCGGGACGCCCGAAAAAUGGGCCGCCAGACCUGUGUGUUGGAUUUGCGAGGGCUCCUCUCAGCCAAGGACAGAGCAUGAAUUGGACAAAGGAUGUAUGAUGUCAUCGUGAAUCUGAGAUGGAGCAGGUGGGAAACAAAAAUAACAUCCAGAAUUUGACCAAAUAGACAAUGUUGACACAUGUUCACACCUCUGACACGGAGAUGUUACCGAGUGGGCCUCAGAGCAGAGAGUCGGAUCAGAAGUGUAACCCGUCUAAAUGCUGCUGAGCAGAAUAAACCCGGUCGGAGUGCCGUGCUUCCUUUUAGACUCUGGUGAGUUUCCGUUUGCACACAGGACGCGGGCGCUGGUCAGGGGGAGGUUUUGCCGCCCGCCUGACAGCGGCUGAGCGGGUUCGGCGAGCUGUGAAAGGGCCGGCGUUUUUUUAAACGUUUUUAUCUCCGACUCUCAGAGCUUUUUGCUUGGCGGGCGCCUCUCAAAACGUGCGCAGCAGAUAAACCGAAGGCAGAGCUGCUCAGUCACGUUCACUCGGAUGUCCCCGGUGGGCCGCCCCACCCGGCUCCCUCCUCUCCACCGUCGCUUUAGCCCUUUGAAGUGUGGCCACCCAUCCCUCCUCCGCUCCCCUUUUUGUUCGGUUGCUUUCUUCCUCUUUUCCUUCCCCUCCUCUCCCUCUGCUCUUUUGGCUCCUGUAAAGCUCAGCUCGGCCCCCGAGGGCUGAAUCGCCUCCCUAAUGGACGGCAAAGUGGAACGCUAACCUGAUGCUAAAAUGGGUCAGAUAAUGGAGAUUAGAUUCAUCCCUGCUGCCUUUGAGUUAACUCGGCGGUGACUCUUUCUGGGACACAUAACCAGCCGGUGGCUUAAGGAGACGGAGGGAGGGACUCGGGAGAAGCCGUGUGACCCCCUUCAAGCUUUCAAGCUCUCUUCAGGUCUGCUGCCCAGUGAUUAGAGAAGCCGGUUACACACAGCAGAGAUCCCCGUCCUGUUAAGAGCGCUGGCGUUUAGGAAUAUUAAAGCCGCUGUCUGACCAGCCUUUGGCACUGAGAUGCACUAGUUGGAGCUAAAUGAAUAACGAGGCGCUCAUUUGAGAGUCCAUAAAGUUUAUUUCACGAAACUGGCACUUUAUUACACAUGAAUUUCAGGCGCCUCCAUUGUGCUGCUGGUCCAGACGACAGCGAGCGAAGGCCGGAGAACCCUUACCAUUACUAAACUCAGUAAUGGUAACGGUUUAACGGCCUUCCUCUGAACAGCCCCCAGCCGCCCGGGCCCCAGUCCUGAAGGCCGACGCGGUCCUGGAGGUGGAAUGAAACCCUGGAUAGUACAUCAUCUAUACUGUAGUGUCUCUUUGAUAAACUUACAGUAUAAGAUGAUAUCCUGUCCAGGGCACAAGAGAAAAAGAGGAGAGCAGCCACUUCCUGCCACGUUUGUGAUCUGCAAGAGAAAGCGAAGCCGAGUCGUUAGAGAUGCGCACAGGGGGGGUUAUGGGAUUAAAAUGUUAGUAAGGUGAGAAGGCUGGUUUUGAAUUCACCUCUGUGGAUGCAGCGCGGCAUCGUUCCACGUCGGGUUCGCGUCCAACUGCCCUGACGGCUGUCGGCCUCCGACACUUAAAGGCCCCCCCCCGGCUCAUUAGCAUACCCUGAUGACAUCUAGGUUGGACCAGACGGUUCUUUUUUUCAUUUUUUUCUCUCCUUAUCUGCUCCCAGCCUGAUUGCCUGGGUCCAGUGACGGCCCCACCCGUACAACACCCAGCUGGCCUUUUCAGAAAAGAGCUUUUUCAUUUUCACCUCUAACAGGUUUUCACACUUUACUGAGUUCAGUGUGCACAACUGACCGUUCUGUUCACGCGAACACAGUUAGCUGGAAAUAGUCGUAAGGUUUUGUGCAUGAGGACUGAACAGACAAUUGGGUAAAUCUAACCUCAGAUAAACCAAAAAAUGAGGAAAUGUAUCGCAUAUUCAUUUGACUGAUAAAAACUCAGACUAAAGUAAAGAGUCAGUGAGUGAGAAAAGCAGCCAGGUGCUGCUCAUCAAUGCACAUGAUGAGCUGCUCAUAAAAACAAGGAAGAAAGAAAUCACUAAGGUAUGAAAGAGGUAACUGGUUUCAUCUAUCAGUCUGACUGUGUUAAAGGCUGCUCUUACAGGUAAAAACAUUAUUUUAGUCCUGGGAGCAGAUGUGCCAAUAAUAUCCACCUAAGCUCAGAUCAUUUAAUGAUCAGAGAAACUCCUAAAAACCUGGAGCUCCAUCUCGGAGUCCACGGGCCUCAGUUAGGAUCGGGUUUGUGAAGUUACUCCCUUAAAAUUACACAACAGACCAAAGUGGA